AUGGGCGAUCAAGAGAUUCUUGUUGAUAAUGAGAAUCCAGCAGAUGAUGUACUCUCUUCGCAUGGUGCUCCAACAAGAAAGACGAAUAUUUACAAAGUGAUCCUGGCGUCUUAUAUGUGCCCCAUAAUAAUCGGUUUAACGCUGAGUUAUUCAUCUGGCGCAAUUCCAUCAAUUCAAAAGGAUCCUCACAUAACAAGUACGCCUAGUCAAAUUUCAUGGUUUGGAAGUAUUAUCACUAUCGGUGCUGCCGUAGGCUCACUAGCUGCUGGUCCAGCCUGUGAGAAGUUUGGACGAAAGUGCAUCAUGCUUGUAGGCUGCUCACUGUUCGCCAUUGGGUGGAUGCUUCUUUGCAUGGAUAUUUCGUCGAUGGAGACGGCCAUUGUCGGUCGCCUCAAGACCGGUAUCGCCUGUGGUGUUAUGAGUAUUGCGUGUCCUACUUACAUUGGAGAAGUAUCUACUCCUGAUGUGCGAGGACUUUUCGGUGCCGGAUUCCAAUUCAUGGUCACUGUUGGAAUUUUGCUCGGCUAUUUGGCAGGACGAUGGCUUGUUUGGCAGCAUGCGGCGCUUUACUCGCUCAGUUUUACAGCAGUCGGCGCUGUUCUCGUGUUCAUAAUGGUGCCAAGCUCUCCUAGAUGGCUCCUUAUGCGCAAAGACAGAAUAUCUGCGCGCCGAAAUUUAGCGUAUCUUCGGGCGCAAGAUUUAUCCAGUCCGCUCAUUGCAAAGGAGAUAGAGGAGAUCGAAGAGUCCGUUCUGCUCCAGACUCAACACGGGAAUGCAUCGAUCCGAGAAAUUCUAUCAACGAGACAUCUGCGAACUCCUCUGUUUAUCAUGCUCGUCAUUCAUGCGGGUCAGCAGCUUUGCGGAAUCAACUGCAUUUUGUUCUACGCUGAAACGAUCUUUGCCGCUGCUGGAAUGACAGACGCUAACUUAGCCUCGAUCUUGCUUGGUCUAUCUCAAGUUAUCGGGACUGUUAUCUCGUCCUCUUUGAUGGAUAAAGCCGGCCGUCGAUUUUGGCUCUUCACCUCCGCUAUAGGAAUGAUUGUUUGCUUGACAGUUUUUGGAGUUUAUGAAAAUUACAACAUGAGAGGAGUCGGUCCCUCAUGGAUGGAAUACGUCGGAUUGACUUCAAUUGUCUUGUUUAGUUUAUCCUUUGCUCUUGGAGAAGAUAAUUGGUUGGGAUCUAUGCCGGGCGCUGUUCACAAAAUUCCUGAUCUUUGGAAGGAUGACACCAUUCUCCGAUGUCUCGCACAGCAAAUUAUGCGAAAAAGAAAGCUCGAGGAGCAAGCUGAAGAAAAAGAAAAGGAAAAGCAGCGAAAACUAGAAGAGAAAAAACAGCGUAUGCUCAACCAAGCGCAAUCCUUGCAAGACGUCACAUUUGAGCUCGACGAAAUGGAAAAGAAGUUAGAAAAGCUUCGUGAAGAAAAACAUCGUCUUUUCAAUGAGCUCAAAAAAGUGUCGAGAGAAGAAGACGAACGACGGCAAAGAGACGCUGCAAGUCAACAACUCUUGGGCAACUGGGCUGAAAGUCGAAAACCGACCAGCUAUGGCUCAGCCAACGAAGGAGACGGGCGUGGACGAAUCUCAAUUAUGAACAGUCACAAAAGCAUCUUCAACCCGUCUGAAAUGCCAAUGCCGACUGCAUACAAUCCUACAACACCGCGCGCAAAAUGUCCAUCCAGUCCUGCUGUUAACCCCUACCUGCGACCAAAUACCUCAAUCAUAGCUGGCCAGAACAGAUAUCUUAAGAUGCCGCAGUCGCCAGCAAGUCCCGCCUUGAAUAAUUCCGAGUCGGCAAUAAAAUAUCGUGAAAAACCCUAUGUAACCGCGGUUCCAUCGCACUGGGAAUGUUUGAAAUGGACUCCAGGAAAGUUGCGGUCCAUUCUGAAGAGUCCAGUGGAAGCUCGAACAGCAGAAAACCAACAAGAACUCAACGAUGAACAGAUUUGUAAGCCGAUGGACGUCGACGUAGCAAAUUUGCAAGAUUGCGAACAUUUCUACGUGGCCUAUCACAGGAUGAGCCACAACGAGGAUCUGAUCGAUAAGAUCCCACCUUGGGAAGAACUUGGACUGAAAGAUACUGGCGGUGACUCCUGUCUUUGGUGGGGCUCUCGAGGAGCCGGCACCAAACUCCAUCAAGACUCGCAUGGCUUCAACGUGGUUUGCCAAAUUUAUGGGAAGAAAGAAUGGACUCUCGCUCCCCCUCAAAGCUCUGGAAUAAAAUCUACAAGAUGCCCGUAUGAGGCAAGCACCGUCUGGGGUAGAAAUAUCAAUCUUAGCGAUGUAAAUGAUGCGUUGACGUUUGAACUGGUACCAGGGGAUAUGCUGGUGGUUCCACCUGGUUGGUGGCACUCUGUUAUCAGCCUUACCGAAGCGAUAAGCGUUAAUAUUUGGUCUGCUUGUCCAGCGUCGUCUUCACACGAUAGUGACGCGUCCGAGAGCGAGGUGGCAACCCGGAUCAUCACAAAAGUCUGCUCCGAAGCACGGCUUUUCCCAGUGCCGAUCGUCGAAAAAAACGAAGAACUCGGAGACAUCAAGCAUCUGGCUAAACUUAUCCAAAGAAGCGAAAAAGAAGGCUGUGUAAAUGUCGAUGAAAUUAAAGAAGACCAUCGCUUUUUUCAUGCGCUUACUCACCCAUCGGUUGUAAAGGCGUUUUUAAAGGUUUACAAAGAAAACUGA